CCUUUUACCGACACCCCCUCACAAACGCCCAUUUGGUUCCCUGGGAACUGCGGCUGCUGGUAGUCCGUCUGGCUGCCCUGGGCUAUGGCGAAUGGCGCAAGGGCAUCAUGGCGUACUAUGAGCUUGCGCGCGAGUGCAGAGAGAAUAUCAUCAGAGGCCCUGAGCAGGACAAGCAGCUGUGGCGGGCCCGGCUGCGCGACUGCGGCAUCCGCGUUGCCAAUGUCCUGGUGGAGAUGGGCGACCUCGAGGGCGCGGGCCGGCAUUUGGGCACGCUUGCGGCCGACGGCGAUGACUCGAGAAAAAUCAUUAUUAUGGAGACGCUGGUCUGGCUGCGUAUAGGCGAUGUGCAAUCGGCACGUCGCUGUUUGGCGCGGGCGUCGGAAACUUCGCCCGAUGACCUGAUCGACGGCACUCUCAAUGCCCUCAUUCAGCUCGCCAACUCCGACUACCAAGCUGCCGUCGCGUCCUUCCAGGCUCUCCACGAGCAGUUUCCGGAAGACGCCAUGGUGGCUCAAAACCUAGCCGUGUGUCUGCUGUACACUGGACGCAUUUCGGAUGCAAGGACGAUUCUGAGUGACUUGGUGGACAACAGCCCGCCAUUCCAUUCUCUCGUCCUCAACCUGAGCACGGUGUUUGAGCUCUGUACGGAGAGAAACCGAGACAAGAAGCUCGCACUGGCUGAAAAGCUUGCCAGUAGAAAAGAAGGCGCUGGAGGUGUUGGCUGGGAGCUCACCAAUGCCGAGUUCAAGUUGUAGUUUAGCAAUGAAUUAGAUACCCUCGGUGAAUCAAGGCACUUGC